AUGUCAUUACAAAAUAGCGCAUUAAUUAAAGAAGAGAUCACUGGUGUAUCUUUUCAAUUUUAUACAUCAGAUGACAUUAGAAAACUCAGUGUUAAACAAAUGGUCGAAGUUGAAUCAUUUGAUAUGUUAGGUGGCCCAAUUCCGGGUGGUUUACAUGAUCCAGCAUUAGGUCCAACUGGUCCAUCAGAAAGAUGUAGCACAUGUUCAUUAGAUUUUAUAGAGUGUCCAGGUCAUUUCGGACAUAUAGAAUUAGCUAUCCCAUGUUAUAAUCCAGUUUGUUUCCAAACCAUUUUUAAAUUAUUAAAGAACAAAUGUUUCAAUUGUCAUCAUUUUAAACAUGGUUCAAAAGUUAUAAAUCAAUUUACUGAAGAGUUAAAUUUAUUAUUAAGAGGAAAUGUUGUUGCUGCCAAAAAUUUAAGAGAGGCAAACGUUUUAUUAAGAGGAUAUGAUGAAAAGAAAGAUAAAGAUACAAAAAGAGAAAGCAAAUUAAAUGGAAAGAAAAAUAAAGAAGAGGAAGAAUCAGACGAAGAAGACGAACAAGAUAAAUUUAAAAAUGGCGUAUUUUCAGCAAGUGAAAUUUCAGGCGAUAAAGUUACACAUUUUGAAGACAUUAGAAGAGAAAUUUUCAGAGAGUUUUUUGCUACUUUUUCUGGUUAUGCCACUCCAUGCAAUAAUUGUGGUACUUUUUCACCACGUUUACGUAAUGGUGAUGCAUCAAAAUCAAAAUUAUUUGUUAUGCCACUCUAUGAAAAAUAUAAGAAAAAGAAUUCAGAAACAUCAAAACCAACCAAUUUCUCAUCAGUUGAAAAUCAGAGUGAACAUGGUACCUGGUUUGCUCCAUGGGAAGUUUUAGAUCACCUCAAAAAACUCUUUAAUGAAGAGAAAGAAAUUUUAGAUUUACUUUUAGGUCAUUUGGUACCAGUUAGCGGUUCAAAAGGUCGUGAAUUUACUAAAGUAUCAAAUGUAGACAGCUUAUUUAUGCGUGUUUUCCCAGUUACACCAUCUCGUUAUCGUCCACCAAACUUUGUAAAUGGUCGUCGUUCAGAACAUCCACAAAACUCUCAUUAUAAAGGUAUGCUCAAAGCAAAUAAAAUGAUCCGUAGCUCAAUCGAACAAGGUGAAGGUAAAGCCAAAUAUUUAGUAAAUUCAGUUUGUGAUCUUCAAAUGCACGUAAAUAACAUGUACGAUAAUUCAAAGAGUGCCUCAACCACCAAUGAUGUUGCCAAUGGUAUCAAACAAAUUCUUGAAAAGAAAGAAGGUCUCUUUAGAAAACAUAUGAUGGGUAAACGUGUUAAUUAUGCUGCACGUACUGUUAUUUCACCAGAUAUCUCUUUAGAAACUAAUGAAAUGGGUGUUCCACAAUAUUUCGCUAAAACUUUAACUUUCCCACAACCAGUUACAUCAUUCAAUUAUAAUCAAUUAGCUCAAGCUGUUAUAAAUGGUCCAGAUACUUAUCCAGGUGCAAACUUUAUUGAAGACGAAAAUGGACAUCUUAUUAAUCUUGCUAAAGAACCAAUGGAAAAAAGAGUUGCCCUCUCUAAAACACUUUUAACUAACCACCCACAUGCUCCACGUGGUGUAAAUAAAAAAGUUUACCGUCAUUUAUUAAAUGGUGAUUAUGUUUUAGCCAAUCGUCAACCAACUCUUCACAAACCAGGUAUUAUGGGUCAUAAAGUUAAAGUAUUAGGUAAAAAUGAAAAAACUCUUCGUAUGCAUUACUCCAAUUGUUCAACCUAUAAUGCAGAUUUUGAUGGUGAUGAAAUGAAUAUUCAUUUCCCACAAUCAUUAUUAGCCUCAGCCGAAAUUCGUGAAAUUUGCGCAAAUAACUAUCAAUAUUUAGUCCCAAGAAAUGGUGCACCAUUAAGAGGUUUAAUUCAAGAUCACAUUUUAACUGGUGUUCUUUUAACUAAACGUGAUACUCUUUUCACUAAAGCCGAUUUCCAAUCAAUUCUCUAUGCUUGUCUUUGGAGUGUCAACACUAAACACCCAAUUGUUACUCCACCACCAUGUAUCUUUAAACCUGUUCCAUUAUGGUCUGGUAAACAAUUAAUCAGUGCUGCCCUUACUCAUUUAACUAUUGGUAGAGUUCCAUUAAAUCUCGAAGCUCCAUCAAAGAUUCCAAUUAAAAUGUGGGGUACUCAUGGUCCAGAUGUUACAAGAGAUAGUUUAGUUAUUAUUCGUCAAAAUGAAAUGGUUGCUGGUAUUUUAGAUAAAGGUCACUUUGGUGCUAGUAGUUAUGGUUUGGUUCAUACAUGUUAUGAACUUUAUGACCCAGAUGUUGCUGGUUCACUCUUAACAAUUUUGGGUCGUAUGUUCACAAGCUAUCUUCAAACCCGUGGUUUUACUUGUGGUGUUGAUGAUUUAUUAAUGAAAUCAAAGGAAGAACAAUUCAGAGCUCUCAAUCUUAAAAUGGCUAAUGAUGAAGGUUAUAAUGUUGCCGCUAAAUUCGGAAAUGCUUCAGAAUACAAUGCUAAAGAAUCACGUGAAUUCUUUGGUAAAGCUCUUCAAAGCGAACGUGAAGUUGCUCGUCUCGAUGGUAUGCUCAAGAAAGCUUUAAAUACUUAUACAUCUAAAAUCAUCGAUACUUUAAUUCCAGGUGGUCAACAAAAGCCUUUCCCAAAAAAUAAUUUCUCUUUGAUGACUGUUUCUGGUGCCAAAGGUAGUGUUGUCAAUUUCUCACAAGUUUCAUGUCUUUUAGGUCAACAAGAACUCGAAGGUAAACGUGUACCACGUAUGGUCAGUGGUAAAACAUUACCAUCAUUCCAAGCUUAUGAUCCAUCUGCUAGAGCUGGUGGUUUUGUUAUGGAUCGUUUCUUGACUGGUGUUCGUCCACAAGAUUAUUUCUUCCAUUGUAUGGCUGGUAGAGAAGGUUUAAUCGAUACUGCUGUUAAAACUUCACGUUCUGGUUAUCUCCAACGUUGUUUAAUUAAACAUUUAGAAGGUCUCUCAAUUCAAUACGAUAAUACCGUAAGAGAUUCCGAUGGUUCAAUUAUUCAAUUCAACUAUGGUGAAGAUUCAUUAGAAAUUGGUAAAACUCCAUAUCUCACUAAAUUCCCAAUUAUCGCUGAAAAUUAUGAUCUCUUCAAAUCUCAAUUCGAUUUUGAAAAAUUAAUUGGUCAAUUACAAAAUGAUGAAGUUUUCGAUUACAUUCGUCAAAUGAAAGUCGAUAAUACAAUGGAUCCAGUUAUGUCUAAAUUUAACCCAUCAUCAGAUUUGGGAUGUGUUUCAGAAUCAUUCAUGAAUCAAUUAAACAAAUAUAUCGAUACCAAUCCACAAAAACUUAUUAAAACAACUUCAAAUCGUGAUGGUAAAAUCACAGAAAAAGAUUUCCGUAAUCUUAUGUAUCUUUAUUAUACUAGAAGUAUGGUAUCACCAGGUGAAAGCGUUGGUUUACUUUGUGCCCAAUCUAUUGGUGAACCAUCAACUCAAAUGACAUUAAAUACUUUCCAUUUAGCUGGUAGAGGUGAAGCCAACGUAACUUUAGGUAUCCCACGUCUUAGAGAAAUUAUUAUGACUGCUUCAAGUAAACCAUCCACUCCAUUAAUGGAGUUCCAAAUUAACGAUCCAACCAACAAAGCUGAAACAGAAAAAAUGGCUAAAUAUUUAGAAAUUUUAAAGAUGUGCGAUAUUAUAAAAGACAUUACAGUAGAAGAAUCAUUCAAAGACACCAAUAGAAUUUAUGAAAUUGUUAUCGAGUUUUUACCAACUCUCAAGAAAACUCUCGAGCUCCAUAGAAUUAAAAAGGAACAAUUAACUGUAUUAUUCAAAGAAUUUAUUAAGAAGGUAAAUGCCCAAGUUAGAAAAAAUAAUAAAAUAAAGACACAAGAUAUUGGUCAUGGUUCAAAGGUUAGAGGUAGUGAUUUAGUAGAAGAUGAUUCAGAUAAAAUUGGUAAAGACGACGAUGAAGGUAAUAAAGAUAGCAAUAACGAUGAUAAUAAUGAAGAUACCACUGUAGAUAAAAAAGAUAACAAAAAGAAGAAAUCAAAAACCCCAUCCAUUGAUGAUGACAGUACCACAGCCAAGAAGAAAUUAAAAAAGAGUCAAAGCUCCGUUUACGAAGAAGGUGAAGAUGAAGCAUCAGAAAAAGAAUCUGAAUCAGAAGAUAGCGAAUCAGAAGAAUCAUCAGAAAAAUCAGAUGUCGAAUCAGAAGAAGAAUCAACCAAUAAAAACAUUACCCCAGGUGAAGAUUUUGAUUACUCUGACAACUCACUUUCAUUUACUGUUGGUGUUCCAAGUGACAGUAAAAAAGUUUUAAUGUUAGGUAUUGUCGAAACUGAAGCUAUGAAGUUUGUUCUCAAAUCAUGUAAAGGUAUUACUAGAUGUUUUAUCAAUGAAAAACAAGUAGGUGGUAAAACUGAAUACUCUAUUCAAUCAGAAGGUGUUAAUCUUAAUGAAAUUUUCAAUCUUAGAGACAAAUUAAAGAUUAAUGAAUUUUAUACCAACGAUAUUUACUCAGUUCUUCAUAAAUAUGGUGUUGAAGCUUGCCGUCAAGCCAUUACCUCAGAAAUUUCAAAUGUUUUUGGUGCUUAUGGUAUCUCUGUAGAUAAACGUCAUCUCAUUCUUUUAGGUGAUUACAUGACUUUUGAAGGUGGUUAUCGUGCACUUAAUCGUAUUGGUAUCGAAAAUAAUACCUCACCAUUCCAAAAAAUGUCAUUCGAAACAACUUUUUCUUUCCUUUCCAAAGCUGCUCUUAUGGGUGAUUAUGAUGCUGUUAAAUCUCCAUCAUCUCGUAUUGUUUUAGGCCAACCUGUAAAAACUGGUACUGGUUCUUUCUCAAUCAUGGCUCCAUUAAAAUAA